UGGACGGUAUGGAGUUGGAAUCGCUAUACCAGCGUUACUGCGUUCGACUUAAACAGGCCCUCUACCUAUCCUGUCUCUCUGUUGCCACUAUCACAAGUAUAGGUCUCCUGAUAACAACUUGCGUACUUCAUGCACAGGAUCUCAACAAAAGCAUCGUCUCCGUGACCACAAUGUCCGUUCUGACGUUCACUCUGAUCGUGGUUUUGCUGGCCUCUCAGUUCCCCAUCGUGUUGGAGUCAGAAGCUUGGUCCCUGCUUUCCUCUCUCAUCAUAAUCAUCGCGGCUACCACGGCGAUGCUACUACUAGCAGGUCGUCACGCUCCCUUGCCAUUGUUCGCUCUCUUAAUCGCCAUUCACACGAUGCUACCGGUCGCGCGGCCAGUGGCUCUGGCAUUGGCGACUAUCGUUACUGUCGCGCAUUUGGCGACGUCGAUAGCGUACAGGAUCAGUGCCGGGAGUCAUUCCUAUUACCUGCAGUUGGUCCCGGAGGCGGUGAUGCUAUUAGCUGCCAGUUGCACUGGUCUCUAUUAUCGCCAUAUGACGGAAGAGGCGCAUCGAAGGACUUUCGUCGGCACUCGGACGUGCAUCGAAUCCAGAGUGAAGCUGGAAUGCGAGAAGGAGCAGCAGGAACAACUGCUGCUGAGCGUUAUUCCUGCCUAUAUUGCCGCGGAGGUGAAACGAAGCAUAAUGCUGAAGAUGGCCGACGCUUGUCAAGAGCAGUCCAACAGGAGCUUCCACGAGAUGUACGUCCAGAGACACAACAACGUGUCUAUCUUAUACGCUGACAUCGUCAACUUCACCCCUCUCUCUGAGCAGCUAUCAGCUUCUGAUCUGGUGAAGACUCUGAACGAACUCUUCGGGAGGUUCGAUCAGAUAGCGCAAGACAACCAGUGUAUGCGAAUAAAAAUUCUGGGGGACUGCUACUACUGUGUUUCUGGUUUGCCAGUGUCCAGACCAAACCAUGCCUAUAACUGUGUCAACAUGGGGUUGCAGAUGAUUGAAGCCAUUAGAUUCGUUAGAGAAGCCACAGGUUUCAACGUUGAUAUGCGCAUCGGUAUCCAUACGGGAAACGUUCUGUGUGGGGUUCUGGGUUUACGAAAGUGGCAGUUCGAUGUUUGGAGUGACGACGUCACGCUGGCCAACCACAUGGAAUCAGGAGGGAUAGCGGGACGGGUACAUAUCACCAAAGCAACUCUACAUCAAUUGGGAGACAAAUUUCAAGUGGAGCCUGGAGAUGGUGCUAGCAGAGAAGGAUAUCUAGCCGACCACAAGGUCGAAACUUUUCUCAUCGUUCCACCAAAGGUAUGUUUGGACCUAUUUGCUGCUUACACGAACGUUAACUUGGAGCAGUGUUUUGUGCUGAUAGUAUAUGGUACCAGCAAAAUCAUCAUUGGUGGUAUCUACAUCCCUCCGAACUCCACUGUAGAUGAAUACUUGGUUUUAUUGCUGGUGAUUAUAACCUACCACAGGCUGUGUGGUCCAAUGGCAAUCUUGGAGUUACUGUUCAGAAGUCUCAAUCCCUUCGAAUUUUUUCAAGAGGAAGCGACGGCUUACUUGAAUAAUGAAGAACGCAUUAAGACGCGAGCAUGUUUCAGGAAAUGGUGGAACAGCGAAGACCUGCACCCUGCUCUGCUGUGGUUCCAAAACAGAAAGCAGGAGACCGAGUAUCGCGGCCAACCUGAUCCGGAAUUCCGCUGUUACGUCGCCUGCGCUUGUUUCUUGUUCCUCGCGAUGUGCGUUAUGCAGAUCGCCACGAUCCCGAGAAGCAUCAUCCUCUUUGGAACCCUAACACCAACUCUAAUCGUACUUCUGAUCUUCGUCUACCUCUGCUGGCUGGACGGAUGUUGCGGUCCAAGACCACCCUCAGAUACGCCUGUGGAUGAACCAGGAGCUUGCUCUCCUCCUGGGCAAAUUGUCGCUGAGAGUAGAUGUUUGAGGUUGUCUAUAUUUUUGGUUUCAGUGACGCUAAUCUCUGCUUGUGCAGUUAUUACUUUGGUGGAUUACAGUCCAGUAUCUAUGCCCAUUCCAAUACUAUCUAUAUCUACAGUAGCGCCUACAGGUACACUUGGAAAUAUUUCAGACUCAGAAACUAAUGUCACUUCCAAAGAGCAGGAACCAUUUGUAUACACUUUCAACACUACGGAAAUGGUAGUACAAUAUGUUCCUACAUAUCUUUAUAGCUCAGCUUUGGUUUUGGCUGCUAUAUCGGUUUUCCUGAGGAUGGGUUUUCUGCUGAAACUUGUUUUGAUGAUUACAUCGGUCAUUAGUCAUACCGUAAUCUAUAGCUAUCUGCAGUUUUUUCAAGACUAUCAUGACGUGCAUGAUGACGAGUUUCCUUCAAUUCCUUUCGAAGUUAAAACAGCUCUAGCUCUUGCCUUAGUCGUUAUAUUUUUUCACAUUUUGGACAGGCAAAUUGAGUUCACGUCAAGAACAGAUUAUCUCUGGAAGGCCAAGCUCAAGGUUGAACAAGAAGAAGUAGAGACGAUGAGAGGAAUAAACAAGAUACUGUUGGAAAAUAUUCUACCAGCACACGUAGCAGAACAUUUCUUGCUGACGAGGGUAACACAAGAUCUCUACCAUGAGAGGUACUCAUGCGUCGCAGUUAUGUUUGCUUCAAUUCCCAAUUACAAAGAGUUUUAUGAUGAAAGUGACGUCAACAAACAAGGUCUCGAAUGUUUAAGAUUGCUCAACGAGAUCAUUUGCGAAUUCGAUAAGCUUUUGCUGAAGCCCAAAUUCAGUUGCAUUGAAAAAAUCAAAACUAUUGGCAGCACCUACAUGUUGGCUUCUGGACUGAGGCCUGGGAAGGAGGGUGAUAGUAAGGAAGCCAGCAGAAAAGAAGAGCAUGUAAUAACAGCUCUCGUAGAAUUUGCUGUUUUGCUCAUGACAAGUUUGGAACAGAUUAACAGAGACGCCUUUCAAAGAUUCAAACUGAGAGUUGGUUUGAACCAUGGUCCAGUGAUAGCCGGUGUAGUGGGAGCUCAGAAACCACAGUACGACAUCUGGGGUAACACUGUCAACGUUGCCUCCAGGAUGGAUUCCUGCGGCACGCUAGGCAGAAUACAGACAACUGACGUCACAGCCCAAGUUCUCAUGAACGCAGGUUACCACUGCGAGUGCAGGGGGCCAACCUACGUCAAGGGCAAGGGGACGCUGACGACCUACUUCGUCAAGACUCCUUUCGACGAAAAAGUGUGUUGAAAAUUGUGAUAUGAGACUUUAUUUUCUUAAAUAGUGUUCUCGAGAGUGAUGUUAUUUAUUUUAAGAGUUUUUCUGUAAGCAUUGGGUGAAUUCAAGCUGAGGUUUUCCUGAAAGUGUGUUUCUGUGAUUGUGUUGAGUGGAAACAAUAAGUUCAAAGGACAUUCACAAUUUCAAUGACUUUCUCGGCAGCUAUUCUACCGAUGAGGUAAAAGUUGGGGUUCCCCAAGGAACAUUUCUCGGCCCGGUAAUGUAUCUUGUAUAAAUAAACAGCAUCGCAGAAGCUAUUAAUAUCAAGGGUUAACAACAGAUGGACGUACAGAUCAACAGAAGACAUAUUUAAAAAAUGUCCUAUUUAUCUAUAAGGAAUAUUCAUUGGACGUACGUUUUUCUAGGUGAGGAAGUUACUCCUUGUUUCUGUUGGUUCAGUAUAUUCACUAAUUCAUUGAAUUUUCAACAGAUUCACCAAUUUUGAAAAAAUAAACAUAUAUUAUGUGAAUUUAGAUCGGAAAAGUACUCAUUCUAACAAACGUAUGUUUCACUUCAGUUUCAAAUGGAUCAGUAAAAAAAACUAUCUGCUACGAGAAUCAAAAGUCUGUUGUUAUGAAACAGUGUUAUGAAAUCAGAGGUUUCUAUACUAUAGUCAUCUCCUAAGCAAGCUCCGUCAAAAAAGAAACACGUGAUUAUGAAUUGGAGAGGGUUGCAAUUAGCAAAUAAUAGCUGACCUCAGGUAGACAGGACUUAAUUAUAACCACUGCCAAACUGUAGAUGCGGAUAAAGAGUGAUAGUGGAAAGGGGCAAGUUUUGUUGCAGUGUCAAUAUCAAAAUUGUCCUUAAAGCUGUCCUGACCUGAUGAUUAUGAAGUAAUUUGUUAAGUUCAUCAUUAUCCACAUUGAAUCCUGGCAGAUAUUGUUUGUUGGUGAUCUUAUUUACUCGAUAAGUCAUGUGUUCCACCAGUUGCUAUUGCAAAACUAGCUCUAUAUCUAUUUCGGUCAAAAUCCUUGGUAACAGUGGAUUCGGAUUCUAUAUACCCACUUACAGACAAAUUUUCAAGGAUUCAUAUUUCCAAAAACUGGGCGUUCUUCAUUUUUCAAAUAUUGUCACAGAAACAUGCAAUAUCUCGCACUUGAAACGAACACAGAAAUUAAAUUUUGCCACAGCUUGAUUCACCGAAAUAAUCAUAAUUUAUAUAUAGUAUAAUUACAGCUAUUUACUUUUUAAACAAUUGUUGUUCAGUUGGUAUGCUGUUCAUUUCCUUUUCGAUAUCGAAGAUUGAUUUUGUAAAGGACCGAACUCCCCUUCAGGACUUCCUUUUUCAUUGAAAUGUUACAUUUGGUGUUCCUCAAGGAACGGUUCCGGGGUCUCUUUUAUUCAAUACAUAUAUCAGUUUCUUGUUGAAUUUCGGAAAAAAAAAGGUUACGUGAUCAGUUUUAUUGAUGAUACUGCUAUAUUUCAUGUUUAAUUGGAAAUGAAACCAC